CCGCCAAAGCCACGGUCCCAAUAAAAUAUAAAGCCAAACACGCCCUCGGCUCUCCUUCAGCUCUAGUCGGAACUCAACUUGACCUCCGACGCUCUGCUAGGGUUUCACUUCCAUUCCCACCACCACCAUCACAUCCUCAAGCAACAACAACACUUAGGGUUUUGAAUUCGAAACGCAGAGACAUGGAGGAGGACCAGGAGUACGACCAGCAGUUGAGCUACGAUGACGACGAAGAGGAGGAGAUCACCCAGGAGGACGCCUGGGCCGUCAUCUCCGCAUACUUCGAGGAGAAGGGUCUGGUCCGCCAGCAGCUAGACUCGUUCGACGAGUUCAUCCAGAACACAAUGCAGGAGAUCGUGGACGAGUCCGCCGAAAUCGAGAUUCGCCCAGAGUCGCAGCACAACCCCGGCCAUCAGUUGGACUUCGCCGAGACCAUCUAUAAGAUCAGCUUUGGUCAGAUAUACUUGAGUAAGCCCAUGAUGACCGAGUCUGAUGGGGAAACAGCAACCUUGUUUCCAAAGGCUGCAAGGUUGAGAAAUCUAACAUACUCCGCCCCCUUGUACGUGGAUGUCAAAAAAAGAGUUAUAAAGAAAGGGCAUGAUGGUGAAGAAGUGACUGAGACUCAUGAUUUCACCAAAGUUUUCAUAGGGAAGGUUCCUAUAAUGCUCCGGUCGAGUUAUUGCACAGUGUUUGAGAAUUCAGAGAAGGAUUUAACAGAGCUUGGGGAGUGUCCAUAUGAUCAAGGUGGAUAUUUUAUAAUAAAUGGGAGUGAAAAGGUUCUGAUCGCCCAAGAGAAGAUGAGCACCAAUCAUGUCUAUGUGUUCAAGAAGAGACAACCUAACAAGUAUGCCUAUGUGGCAGAAGUUCGGUCUAUGGCGGAAUCUCAGAACAGACCUCCCAGUACCAUGUUUGUGCGGAUGCUUUCUCGGGCUAGUGCCAAAGGGGGCUCUUCAGGGCAGUACAUUCGUGCCACUCUUCCUUAUAUUCGAACGGAGAUUCCAAUAAUUAUUGUAUUUCGAGCACUGGGGUUUGUUGCUGACAAAGACAUACUAGAGCAUAUAUGUUAUGAUUUCGCUGAUACUCAAAUGAUGGAGUUACUUCGUCCCUCCCUGGAAGAAGCCUUUGUGAUUCAAAAUCAACAGGUUGCACUAGACUACAUUGGAAAACGAGGAGCAACUGUUGGUGUAACUAGGGAAAAGAGGAUAAAGUAUGCCAAAGAAAUUCUUCAAAAGGAAAUGCUUCCUCAUGUAGGUGUUGGAGAAUUUUGCGAGACAAAGAAGGCUUACUAUUUCGGAUAUAUUAUUCACCGGCUUCUGCUCUGUGCACUAGGCCGGAGGGCUGAAGAUGAUAGGGAUCAUUAUGGAAACAAGAGGCUGGACCUUGCUGGUCCCUUACUUGGAGGCCUGUUUAGAAUGCUAUUCAGAAAGUUAACUAGGGAUGUGAGAGGUUAUGUGCAGAAGUGUGUAGAUAAUGGAAAGGAUGUUAACCUCCAAUUUGCCAUCAAAGCAAAAACAAUUACCAGUGGUCUCAAAUACUCGCUUGCCACUGGAAACUGGGGGCAAGCAAAUGCAGCUGGUACAAGAGCUGGAGUUUCACAGGUGUUGAAUCGCUUAACUUAUGCCUCCACUUUGUCACAUCUGAGAAGACUAAAUUCUCCCAUUGGACGUGAAGGAAAAUUGGCCAAACCACGCCAGUUGCACAAUUCACAGUGGGGAAUGAUGUGUCCAGCUGAAACACCUGAAGGACAAGCAUGUGGGCUGGUAAAGAAUCUUGCAUUGAUGGUGUACAUAACUGUUGGAUCGGCAGCAUAUCCAAUUUUGGAAUUUUUGGAAGAAUGGGGUACUGAGAAUUUUGAGGAAAUUUCUCCUGCGGUUAUUCCACAAGCUACAAAAAUUUUUGUUAAUGGUUGCUGGGUUGGUAUUCAUCGAGAUCCCGAUAUGUUGGUGAAAACAUUGAGACGGCUGAGGCGAAGGGUUGAUGUUAAUACCGAGGUUGGGGUGGUUAGAGAUAUCCGAUUGAAAGAACUGCGGAUAUAUACUGACUAUGGCCGUUGCAGUCGUCCACUAUUCAUUGUGGAGAAGCAAAGGCUUCUCAUAAAGAAGAAGGAUAUCCAUUUACUGCAGCAGAGGGAAACCCCCGAGGAUGCUGGUUGGGUUGAUCUUGUUGCAAAGGGAUUUAUUGAAUAUAUUGACACGGAAGAAGAAGAGACCACAAUGAUUUCCAUGACCAUAAAUGAUCUUGUACAAGCUAGGCUCAAUCCAGAGGAGGCUUAUUCUGAAACUUAUACCCACUGUGAAAUCCACCCAUCAUUGAUUUUGGGUGUUUGUGCUUCAAUUAUUCCAUUUCCAGACCAUAAUCAGUCCCCUCGUAAUACUUAUCAAUCAGCUAUGGGUAAGCAAGCCAUGGGUAUUUAUGUCACCAACUACCAAUUUCGAAUGGAUACGUUGGCUUAUGUUCUAUAUUAUCCUCAAAAGCCGCUUGUAACAACACGUGCCAUGGAACAUCUCCACUUUAGGCAGCUUCCUGCCGGCAUUAAUGCCAUUGUUGCCAUCGCCUGCUAUUCUGGUUAUAACCAGGAAGAUUCUGUCAUAAUGAACCAGUCCUCCAUAGACCGUGGAUUCUUUCGGUCACUAUUUUUCCGAUCAUAUCGGGAUGAGGAGAAGAAGAUGGGAACUCUUGUCAAAGAGGAUUUCGGACGGCCAGACAGGGCCAAUACCAUGGGUAUGAGGCAUGGCUCUUAUGAUAAGUUGGAUGAUGAUGGUCUUGCACCUCCUGGUACACGAGUUUCAGGUGAGGAUGUGAUCAUUGGAAAGACCACUCCCCUUGCUCAGGAGGAUGCUCAGGGACUAAAUGCACGAUAUUCACGGCGUGAUCAUAGCAUCAGUCUUCGUCACAGUGAAACUGGAAUUGUGGAUCAAGUUCUACUGACAACAAAUGCUGAUGGGCUGAGGUUUGUGAAAGUAAGGGUGAGAUCCGUUCGAAUUCCUCAAAUUGGGGAUAAAUUUAGCAGUCGGCAUGGGCAAAAGGGAACAGUAGGCAUGACAUAUACUCAAGAAGACAUGCCGUGGACCAUGGAAGGGAUCACCCCUGAUAUCAUUGUCAAUCCACAUGCCAUUCCUUCACGUAUGACAAUUGGCCAGCUGAUUGAGUGUAUCAUGGGAAAGGUUGCAGCUCACAUGGGAAAGGAAGGAGAUGCUACUCCUUUCACAGAUGUUACUGUGGACAAUAUCAGCAAAGCUCUUCACAAAUGUGGCUAUCAAAUGCGUGGCUUUGAGACUAUGUACAACGGCCACACAGGUCGGCGUCUCAGUGCUUUGAUAUUCCUUGGCCCCACUUACUACCAAAGAUUGAAACACAUGGUCGAUGACAAGAUCCAUUCACGUGGGCGUGGCCCUGUUCAGAUCUUGACAAGGCAGCCAGCUGAGGGACGGUCCCGUGAUGGUGGUCUUCGAUUUGGAGAAAUGGAACGAGAUUGCAUGAUUGCCCAUGGUGCUGCUCACUUUCUCAAAGAGAGGUUGUUUGAUCAGAGUGAUGCAUACCGAAUCCAUGUUUGUGAACAUUGUGGGUUGAUAGCCAUUGCAAACUUGAAGAAGAAUUCUUUUGAGUGCAGAGGUUGCAAGAACAAAACAGACAUUGUUCAGGUUCACAUUCCUUAUGCCUGUAAGCUGCUCUUCCAAGAACUUAUGGCUAUGGCUAUAGCACCAAGAAUGCUCACGAAGGAAGUCAAACCGUCCAAAGACCAAAAGAAGAAAGGAGCCUGAUGAGAGAUACCCCCCCAAUUACACUUAACAAAUUUUCUUGAGCAGUUUUUGUAGCUAAUUUAUGGUAUACGUCUUGGUAUGGAGAAAAGGAUGUUAUGGGACUUAUAGAGAGUAUCGGUGAAUGGAAACAAAUGACCAAAGGUUUCAUUAAAUCACAGAUGGAAGAGCCUCUACGCGCUGCCUGCUUUUCUCCUGUAAUAUCCCCGUCCUGACAAAGGCAUAUAUAUAGUUUGGACAGAGGAUCAUCAGAUCCUGGAUCCACCCUACGCAUAUGAAAAUAAAUGGAGUAAUUGAUCA